AUGCGAAAUAUAAAACUAACAAAGAUUUCCUUCACUUUACUUCUUAUCUUCGCUCUAUUCGUUACAAAAGGAAGUUUAGAAUAAACAGAAGUUGCUCAAGAGGUUAAGCCCUAAGAAUAAUAGAAAUCCCCAUAAAACGAAACUAAUUCAACAGAUUCUAAUAAGAAAAACGAUUUCUACGCUGGCUUUACCCAGAGCUACUUACUGAUAUUCCUCUCAGAAGUUGGUGAUAGAACUUUCAUCUUAGUGACAAUCUUUUCGCAAAAACUUAAUAAUCUAUCAGUUUUCAUAUUCGCAUCAAUGGUGAUGGUAUCAAUGCACACUCUAUCUACUUUAAUUGGAGCUGCUUUUCCCUAUGUGCUAUCUAAGACCUUAACAGAAAUAAUAUGUGUAGUUCUAUUUCUUGGUUUUGGUAUUUUUAUGGUCUAUGAGGGAUUAUUUGCAGAUGGUGAUGAUGGUAAAGAUGAAAGAAAAGAGAUAGAGGAGAAAUUGAAAGAAAAUUCAGACAAUUAGAUCGAUGAUGAGGAAAAUGGAAAGAAAAAGAAGAAGAAGGGUUGGUGUGGAGGUAGCUAAUGGGCUCUCUUCUUAUUCCUUCUUAUGUGUGAAGAAUGGGGUGAUAAAUCUUAAAUUUCAGCUAUUGCUCUUGCAGCAAACUAUGGUGUCCAAAGCAUUAUAUUAGGAGGUGGAUUAGCUCAUAUUACUUGCAUUACAAUCGCUUUGACUCUUGGACAUUGUUUCUAAUAAAUUUUGAAUGAGACCUGGCUCAAUCUUAUUGGUGGAACUCUCUUUAUCUUCUUUGGCAUAUAUGAACUUGUCCUAGGUUGGGAAGUAAUGUUUUUAUGCAACUCAGUUGGAGUCCUUUUACUCAUCUUUAUCUCAAUGUUUCACCUAAUUGGAGUUGAUAAGGAAGAAAACGGUCAUGUCAUCGAUACCAAGCCAUGA